ACAACAAAACAUUCCGCUGUCAGACCUUUUAACGCUCCGUGCGACUGCCGACGGCCGCUCUCAGGCCACACACACACGGGUGUGUGUUUACUUUAAAAUACUUUUUUGUUCCCCCACUCAGAAAAAAACACAGCCGAGAGCCUGCCUGAGUAUUAACGACAUUGACCCGGAGUCGUUACGGCUGAGCAGGGGGAGACGGACGGGGGAAAAACAAAGAUGGCUGAGUAAGCCAGAGAGAGACAAGUCCCAACAGAACCGUCUCCAGCCGCGGCUUUAAAUCACCGACACGUCCCGUGGGUCCUCUCGGACGGUCAGCCGGUACCGGAGCAGGGACGCGGGGAGCAGCCGAGCCGGGCCGCCGGUGCACAUCGUUGUAACCCGCUGUCAGUGCGAAUAACGGCGUCGAGAGUUGUUUUUGUUCUGCCCGGGCUCAGGGAGAGGACUGCUGGGUUUUUUUUUUUCUCUUUUUUGUCAACGUAGCUAGCCGCAUACUCUGCUAGCAUCACUGUAAGUCAACUAAACUAGUAGACAUCUGAUUUUACGCGACACCUCUCGUUUAAUUCUGCACAUGCUCUCGUUGUUACACGGUCGUCGGCUUGCUAACAUCCCGGUGGGUUCGCGUAGGCUGGCAUUAAUCAUAAGUUGGUGUUUUCCUCCUGACAGCCCGUCGAGGCGGUAGCCGAGCUAGCGUUAGCCCGCCGUCAGCUGACCGUUAGCCUGACAGGUUGUACUAGCUGCGAAGCUAACCUGCUAACAUUUCGGGUUCGGCCCGGCCGCGGCAGGUACACAACGCAAAUAUCGAGACAGCCAUCGACCAUGUCUUCACUGGAGGAGAGAGACGUGGGCGUUGCGGCCGCCCCUGGCUCCUCCUCGGCCGGCCUGGGGGUCGGGGCCGUGGGGGCAGCGGUGGAGGCUGUGGCCGGGGUCGCAGCCAUGCAGGAGGAGGGCGGAAUCCGGCGAGAAGGGCCCGAGCCUGACGCAGACGAGCCCCCCAAGAAGAGGGUGAAAGUACCCGAGGGAGAGUCAGGAAAGCUGGAGGAGAGACUGUACUCAGUGCUGUGCUGCACCGUGUGCCUAGACUUGCCCAAGGCGUCUGUAUACCAGUGCACCAAUGGUCAUCUGAUGUGUGCCGGCUGUUUUAUCCACCUCCUGGCUGAUUCUCGCCUCAAGGAGGAACAGGCCACAUGUCCCAACUGCAGGUGUGAGAUCAGCAAGAACCUGUGCUGCAGAAACCUGGCGGUGGAGAAGGCCGUCAGCGAGCUGCCGACAGAGUGCACCUUCUGUCUAAAACAGUUCCCCCGCUCCAGCCUAGAGAGACACCAGAAAGAGGAAUGCCAAGACAGGGUGACGCAGUGUAAGUACAAGAGGAUCGGCUGCCCCUGGCAAGGUCCGUUCCACGAGCUGCCGGCGCACGAGAGCGAGUGCUCCCACCCCACCAAGACGGGGACGGAGCUGAUGGGGAUCCUGGGGGAGAUGGACCAGAGCCACCGGAGGGACAUGCAGCUCUACAACAGCAUCUUCAGCCUCCUCUGUUACGAGAAGAUCGGCUUCACAGAGGUGCAGUUCAGACCGUACCGCACCGACGACUUCAUCACCCGCCUGUACUACGAAACGCCGCGCUUCACCGUGCUCAACCAGACGUGGGUGCUGAAGGCCAGGGUCAACGACUCGGAGCGCAAUCCCAACCUGUCCUGCAAGCGCACCCUCUCCUUCCAGCUCAUCCUCAAAAGCAAGGUGAACUCGGCCCUGGAGUGCUCCUUCCUGCUGCUGAAGGGGCCGUACGACGACGUGCGGAUCAAGCCCGUCAUCCACCACCACUCCUUCAGCAACGACACCAACGAGACCGACUACGUCCCGCUGCCCAUCUCCGACUCAGUGGAGUGCAACAAACUGCUGGCCGCCAAAAACAUCAACCUGCGCCUGUUCAUCUUCCAAGUCCAAAAAUAAAGAGCGAGAGAAGAGGAGGAGGAGGAGGAGGAAGAUGGAAGAAGAGAAGAGGUGAUGGAAGGAGGAUGUGAUGAGAGACACCACUGAACCAUUGAUACCUCUUAACACACACACACACACACACACACACACACACACACACACACACACACACACACACACACACACACACACACACACACACACACACACACACACACACACACCACAUCACAUCACAUCACUAAUUAUUCUUGCCUCCUUUUGCAAGAUAGUGAGCCCCCUUGCUGGGAAAAGCUGUGAGUUGCUAUUGAGAUGGGUGGGCAUCGAUGUAGGGUGGAGGGGUGAAGGUUCAGCUGUGUGUGUGGGGUGUGGGGGGGGCGAGUGGCGCGCACCUACGGACUGAACGAGCCGUGCACACACACACACCAGUGGAAGCAGGGUUUUUUUGCGGGUGCGUCUGCAGUGUGUGUGUGUUUGAGAGAGGAGGAGUGAAGCGGCGGGACACAGGAGCGCAGUCCGACGUCCCAAAGACACAAUGUGAAAAAACAAGAGCGGCUGACUCUCCGCAGCUCUUCUCCGGACACACGAGUGCACGUGGAGGAGAUGGAUGUAUAUAUGCGGACGUGUGUAUGCGUGCGCGCGUGUGUGUCGUUAAACCUCCCUCUACACACGUCACCAUUCGGUUCAGCCAUUUCUGUUGUGGCAAAAAAAAAAAGGAAAAAAAAGAUGACACUUUUCUCGUGUCGGGAGUUUGCCACGACAGAUGAGUGACGUCACCCCCCCCCCCCCCCCCCCCCCCCCCCCCCCCCCCCCCCCACCUUCUACCUGUCAUCCAGAGGAGAGACGGCCUGGCUGCAUGCAUACUUUUAGUUCUUCGACUUAUUUUCUACAGCUGUGGUUACUUAACCUCCAACACUAAUACCAGUUUUUUUUUUUUAUUUCUCUUAACCCUGAAUAUUUAAGUACCUGUGAACUUUGUUUUUAGUUGGGGGGGGGUUUUAGCGUGUGAACGGCUGCCUGUGUGAGUGAGUGAGUGUGUGUGUGUUUGUGAAGCAGUUGACUGUGACAUCCUUGUGAAUGUGUGGAAAGAGUACAAUCCUGGAGGACGUCAUUAGCAGGGCUGCUUCUCCAUCAGACCCUCGGGGGUCCCCAGGUCGACUGUGACGGUCUCGGUAAUUUAUUCAGUUUCGUGGUGAGUUGGCAUCACUAAAAUAAAAAAAACAGAAAAAAAAUUGAGUGCACAGUGUUAUGUUUUCUGACAACAUUUUUUUUCGUUAGUUUGUGAUCACGUAGUGCUUAGUUAGAUUUUAAACUUACUGAUUUUGAAACUUUUUUUUUAAUGACCUGGGAGAAAAGCGAAUCACUUUUUUGGCUUCAAUUAAUCACAGGCUUUGAUCCAAAAAGGAAAAACAAAAACAGGGAUGGCUUUUAAAAUUGUACUGUAAAACAAAAAAAAAAUAAAACCCCUCUUCAUUUUGUUCAUCAUAUUUGGUUCCUAAUCUGCUGUGAAUAGUUAGUGUAGUUUUUUUAGGGGGGUGAGUAUAGUUGUUUUUUUUUUUUUUUUUUGUUUUUUUUUUCCUUGAUCCAGAAUUACCACAAACUGGCCUACAGAUAAUCUGCGGUCUGGUCCUGUUGCAGUGUGAGAGCAUGAAGGAGCUGUGAGGAUGACUUCUCGUCGGCCUGCGCAGUGGCUGCGGGGACGAUGGUGCAUGGCGUGUGUUUGUGUUUGUGCGCGUGUGUGUGUGUGUUUGGGCAGAGACGGCAGAGCCGGGUGGUGGGAGGCGGGCCAGGCGAGGUUUCCGCCUCACUACGGUGACAUAUUAGUGUUAGACUUGAACGAGAAGAUGUUACUUCAAUAGAUCCUACUGUAAAGCAGAUAGAUCUCUCUCCUCCUGACCUCUACUUCCUGUAUUUCUGUGUUUUAAUGCUUUGUCUCUAUGCCAGUGGACUCACUCAUCUCACUAUGGCUGUACAUGUGCCUUUUAUUAAAGAUCAUGGAACCUGCA